UUGAUUCAGUUCGUUGGAUUCACAUGUCUUCAUUUUCCCUUUCGCCUUUUACUGUACUGCUGACUGUAGUGUCCACGUUGGCCUGGCCCGUGUACCUGCUAGUACUUUCAUGCUACGUGCAUGUGGUAGCAAUUAGUAAAAAUUUGGAUUAAUCUGGUUCAUUAACUCUUAGAGAAUUAAAACUCUAACUACAAAAAGAAAUACGUAUAGCUUUUCCGGUUAUAAUUCAUUCGCAUGUUGACAUCCAGAUUUUAAGUGAUGGACGACGAAAUAAUAGAUGUGAUCACUGAAUGUAGUUUCGAUUAUUUGGAAUCCUUGUAUGAACCGUGGAACAAAAUCAAUUCAACGUCGUAUAAUCCAAUUAGUCCUCAAUGGUUGAUCCAACUGGCAGAUGAUUGGAAUUCUGAACAUAGUGUCUGUAAAAAUGAUUCAAGAAGAUUAAAAAAACGUUUAUCUGAAGAUGUUUGUGACGAAUCAAAAUAUCGUGAAAUUCUUAAUAAAUACAAAGAAAAUGAUGUAUUUAUACUACCAAAUGGUGAAGAAAUAGUUAGAGUUCGAAAUGAUUCUAGCUCAGAAUCAGAAAUUGAUAUAAUGGAUGGAGAAUCAAACAAUAUUAUUGAUGAAUGGCAAUCUGUUGUAUCGCAUGGUUUUACAAGGGAUAUUGACAAUUUACCAGCACCUACACAAGAAAGAAAUCUAGAUAUUAAUAUAAUUACAGCAGAUGAAAGGUAUUAUCAUCCAAACUUAUUUGGUAAAAGAGAUGACAAGAAAUAUUUAAAAAUUAGAAAUAUUAUAUUAGAAUUAUGGAAAGCAAAUAAACCAUCUUAUGUAUCAAAAACAAUUGCCAAACAAAAGUUAAAGAAAAGUGGUACAGCUAAAGAAAUAGGACAAAUUCAUACAUAUCUUGAAAAUAGGGGAUAUAUAAAUUUUGGCUGUGAUGAAUGUAAGUACCUUAAAAAUGGUAAAAAAGAACUUAUUAAAGCUAGAAUAUUGAAAACGCAAUAUAAUUUAAAACACCCUCUUUUACAAAGAAAAAAUAAAUCUUUUAAAAAAAUCAAAGCAAUGGGUGGUUAUACAAUAUGCCAUGAAAAAGCUACACCUCAAAGGGAACAUAACUACUCAGUGCCUAAACAAAAAAAAUCCUUUAAUAAAAUAUUGUAUUAAUAUUUUCUAUAAAAAGUAUUCUGGCUGUGAAUGGGUUAAUUUUGGUAAUUAUUCUAUAGACAAAUAUGUAAAACUUAUUUUUGUUUGGUAGACAUUUUUUAAUUAAUUACCAUAGAAAAUAAAAACUCAAUGAUUUUUUUAUAAUUGAGAAUCAUUGUGAUCAACUUAUGUGCAUAUACAAAUUAUAUGAUAUA